AUGGCCGCCGCCAACUCCAACACCCGUUUGGUCGCCACCGCUGCUGCCGCCUGGCGCCCCCGGAGGCCGCGUUCGCCAGAGCUUCAAACGUGGACCCUCACAGCCCAUCCAACAGGGCGCCGCCGCCGCCGCGCCCAGGCAGCAGUGCGGCCCGGCGGGGCGGACACACCGAGGGGGCCUCGUGCCGCCGCGGGGGGCGCGCCGGUGACCCAGCCCCGACGGGGAGGAGGGAGGCAUGGCUCCGUCAAGGCUGAUGAGGCUGCCCGCACGGCUCCCUUCCACCUUGACCUCUGGUUCUACUUCACCCUGCAGAACUGGGUUCUGGACUUUGGCCGCCCCAUUGCCAUGCUGGUGUUCCCUCUGGAAUGGUUUCCACUCAACAAGCCCAGUGUGGGGGACUACUUCCACAUGGCCUACAACGUCAUCACCCCGUUUCUCCUGCUCAAGCUCAUAGAGCGGUCCUCGCGAACCCUGCCACGCGCCAUGAUCUACGUCAGCGUCAUCACUUUCAUCAUGGGCGCCAGCAUCCACCUGGUGGGAGAUUCCGUGAACCACCGCCUGCUCUUCAGUGGCUACCAGCACCACCUGUCCGUCCGGGAGAACCCCAUCAUGAAGAAUCUCAAACCGGAGACGCUGAUCGACUCCUUCGAACUGCUCUACUACUACGACGAGUACCUGGGCCACUCCUUGUGGUACAUCCCCUUCUUCCUCAUCCUCUUCAUGUACUUCAGCGGCUGCUUCACGCCCACCAAAGCUGAGAGCUCGAUGCCAAGGGCGGCCCUGCUCCUGGUGGUGCCCAGCGGCCUGUACUACUGGUACCUGGUCACCGAGGGCCAGAUCUUCAUCCUCUUCAUCUUCACCUUCUUCGCCAUGCUGGCCCUCGUGCUGCACCAGAAGCGCAAGCGCCUCUUCCUGGACAGCAACGGCCUCUUCCUCUUCCACUCCUUUGUGCUCGCGCUCCUGCUCGUGGCGCUCUGGGUUGCCUGGCUGUGGAACGACCCGGUCCUCAGGAAGAAGUACCCGGGCGUCAUCUACGUCCCCGAGCCCUGGGCCUUCUACACCCUCCACGUCAGCAGCCACCACUGAGGGCCCGGCGCCACCUCCCCCACCCCUCCCACCGGGAGGCUGCCUGCGUGCCCGUCGCCUGUUACUGAGCUAGUUCUGCCCUUCUCGGGGGCGGCACUUGGACCAGGUCGCCCCUUGGUCCCAAGGUGGGGCAGGGGCUAGGCUUGCUGCUGCCUUCCGGGGUAGCUGGAGGCCCAGCCACCCGUUGUCCCUGCCCUCUCUCAUCAGGGCGGUGUGGGGGUGCCCCUAGCCCUCACUUAACUUCAGGCCCGCCAGGGUGUUGUCACCACCUGGGAGCCAGAGACUCGCCAGCGCCCUCCCUGACUGCACCAGCCUGGCUCAGGGCCAGGGCGCCCACUCUCCCCUCCCUCUGCCAGAGACCUGUCUCCGUACUUCUCCAGAAAAGCUAGGGUGCCCCCUUCACGGCAGCCUGGUCACAGGUAUUUGAGCUGCACUGAAGGCCAGCGUCUCGAAAGCUCAGCGAGGCUCUCCCACCCAUCGAGGGGAGGGAGGCGGGGUGUGGAACGUCAGGCUCUGCUUUCAGCGUGGUCUGUUGUCUCUGGAUCCGGCCUGGCCCUGCUCCCUGGAAAGGGAGGCCUCUUCCCGGGUCCACUCCGCCUGGGCCCUACGUGGCUGGAGGCACCACAGCCUCUCCCUCAGCACCUGCCGCUGUGCCUUACAGGACAGGCUUCCUCCCUCAUCUCAGGUAGCCCAAGCUUCAGCAGCCUCUUUCCUGGGAGGGGUCCUCUUAAAGCCCUCUGGGGUCCUCUAUACCUUCAGGGGGUGGGGCAUAUGAAUAAAGGUCUUGAGCAGCCUGGUUGCUGGGUGGGAGCAGGACCGCUGGCUAAGGCAGGGACCCCUCUGGCAGCAAUAAAUACAAACUAAGACAAUGAGAUUGGCCCUCGCAGGGGCACUUCUAUCAACGUUCAAAAUAAACACGAGAGGAUGUGCAGA